UCUUCGAUAUUAUGACGAUGACAGGGGACGUGUAGGUACGCUAAAAAUUGUUUUUCUCCUGCAAUUUGAUAAAAUUAUCAAUAUGACUUUCUCCAAGAUCAUAGACAAGAUUAGAUUAGAUCAGAUUAGAUUUUUCACCCUCACCAACGAACCAGAAAAGAUUAGAGGAUAUUUUUCAGUGUGUUUGAAAAAUAUUCCGAUCCAAUGUCUGUAUGUUGUGUUGAAUAUCUACCAGGAAAGAGUAAUCAGUUUAGCGAUAGGACAGGCGACUUGACUAAUUGUAAGAUUGUAAAAACACAGGAUAAAACGAUACCUUUGGUAGUGUCAUCGCAUUCGCAUGAUAAUGCUACUCAUUGUAAUCAUAAUAUGUCAGAGGGUAUCUUCUUCAGACAUGGUAACUCGUGUCAUCUGCCUGAUGAAACUAAUUUGAUUCAAUUAUGUUAUUCAGCCAAUCAAAUAUUGUACGAGGCUAAAAGUACAUGUAACACGGAUUCCCUAUUGGAAACAGAUGGAUGUGGGAAGAAUGAGAGGUGUAUUACUCUAGCUAAUCAAACGGGUGAAUGUAAAUGUAUCAGAGAUUUUCAAAGAAUAGGUGACAAAUGUGUUCCAACCCCAUCUACUACUCAGCCUUCGAUCGAAUCUAGUACCACAAAACAGGAUUCUACAGCAAGUUCUAGCGGAGGUUCGGUUGCAGCGGGUCUUCUGAUACCAUUAUUCCUGAUCUCCCUAGCAGUACUGAUAUUUCUCAGUGGUAGAAGAUACAAAUGGGUACAACGGUUUAGACAGUACCAGCAGAAUCGUUAUGGGAAUGUUUUAGUUACUAGGGAUGAGGAUGAUGACGAUCCUCCUAUUGUCUGAGAUACAUUUUAAGUGGUAUGAAAAUGUCAGGAUAAAAAAGAAUUCUUCUCACCAAGCAAUGUUUUCACUUUCACCAGAUCAUUGGUUACAUUGCCCAACACACCAAGUUCAAGCAAAUAGUUGUACAUGUUGCUUUGCAUCAUAAAUUAUUCUGGUCAAUAUUACGUUUGUUUUUUUGUUUUUGUUUUUCUCUUUUUUUCAAGAUUAAUCGUAAGCCGCAAUGCGGUAAUAUAUACCUGUAGUAUUCCGUUAAUUUUUAUAUUAUCUUUGUCAAUUUCUUGGAUUGUACAAAUAGAAAUUUCUGUCUUUCAACUGCUUAUGUUCAGAAAAUGUGUACAGCACAGGAAUAUUUGUGGCUUGUUUCGAAGAACUGUUAAUACGAUUGGCCACUACGCGAUGUGGAUGUAUGUAUCAUUUUUUUGUACAUUCAUAUUAUAGAUAAACUGUUCAGUGUCUGUCGUAUCGUGCUAAUAAUUAAUGAUGAAUGAAUAUAAAGUAGAAAAUAGAUUUCAUAUGAUGCUAAACAGCACCAAAGCGUUUUUGAUUAGGUUCUACAAAGGCACUCCGAACAGCAUACUUGCUAAAUUUUCAUUGUCCUAGUUACUGGAACCAAAGGAAAUCUCAUUCAAUAGUGCCUCGUUGAACCUAAUUGUUAAAUCUAACGAAUGUGUGCAGAUUUCCCAUUCCAUCUAUGUGUCCGAAAGUUUUCAAGAAAUUACAGACGUAAUUUAUAAAUUCCAUGACGCACCUAAUUGUAUCAGAGCACACAAAUGUUCCACGUUUUUAGGGACAGUUUUUAUUGCGAAAAACACAAAAUGAUGAACACUUCUGUUCAAAUGAUCGUUCAAAAGUUAUAAGCCGAAUGUGAUUGAAUCUAAAAUUGAGAAUAGCACAUGUGUAAUGAUUUAAGAAUUCGUAAUCUACUGCUCUAUUCGGGCCGUUUUUAUAUACCUAAAUUUUAAACUAAAGAAUCGGUUAAAAAUUUUUCACCAAACAUCCCUAAAAAUUCUCUGUAAUACCAAGAAAAACUACCUACCAGCAUUACCGUAACUUGAUCCAGAAAUACACUGGCAAUUGAAAAAUUAAUCCGCAAAAGUUAUUGAAACUAACAGAAUUUUUGGAUGAUCUCAUAUAUAAAUUAUGAUAACAAUAACCAACAACAUCCGUAACAAUAAUAAUAAUACUGCUACUCCUAUUACUAAUAAUAAUAGUAAUAUUAAUAAUAGUAAUGAUAAUGAUAAUAAUAAUAAUAAUAAUAAUAAUUUUGUAAUGUAAUGAAACUUGUAUGAUACAAACAAAAUUGUAAAUACUCUUGCUAAUCAGUUCAAGCAUGCAUAAUAUAAUCGUUGCUUAUAACGAAGGAAGCAAAUUCAAAGAACGUGAUUCUAGGAUACUUUGAUUUUAUUGUCACUUUUUUUUAAUCAACCUUUCAGAAGAACCCUUGAAUACGCUUUUAAAAUCUAUUGAUCUCCUUAUAACGAGAACACGCAUGUGAUGCAAGUAAUUUUUAUUGAUUCGUGUGAAGGUUUUUGUUUGGAAAAGACUCUUGACGUUGUUGAACGGUCGUUGAGAAAAUAGCACUUGUUAGCAAACUCGCGAGUUGUGUUGAAAAGUUUGUUACCGAUUAAUAAUUUAUCCUAUGUAAAAUAAUACGGUUGAGUUACAAAUCAUAUAAUUUGAGUUUAAUUUUAUUCCGAUAAUUUUAGACAAUCUGAAAUCGGCCAGGUAAAUCAAUACGUGUAUUACUCAUAAGCCCAUAUCUUGCCUCUGACCGAAAUAUUGAACUUUGUUAAGAGUUUUAAGUUACGGAACGUACCAAAACUUAUGAGGUCAUAACGCGUUAUACCACAUGUAUGUAAAUACAUUAAAUAUUUAAGUUCAAUACUCGAUAUCGUAAGUCAUGAUGGUUUGGCCGGUUGAAUAAUUCUUCCACUUCCAUUUGCCCUCCUAUCGUUUGCACAACUAAUGGUGACGAACUAGCUCAGUACAAAAUGUUGGUGAAGACCACGGAGCAACGAUGCAUGUAUAUUGGUGAUUUUCCUAGUAUAACGUGUGAUUACAUUGUAAAUAUUUUUAAAUGAAUGUAUUUUCAAAACGAAUAAAUCAAGAAAAUCGUAAAAUAAUAAAA